AUGGCCGAAUACGAAGCUUGUAUUCUUGGUUUGAAAAUGGCCAUCGGCAUGAAUGUCUAUGAGUUGUUGGUUAUUGGAGAUUCAGGCCUUCUGAUUCGUCAAGUUCAAGGAGAAUGGACUGUGAAGAACCCAAAGAUUAUACCAUACGUAAAGUAUGUGCAGAAGUUGUGCAAAAGAUUUCGUAAGAUCGAGUUUAGACAUACUCCUAGAAUACAAAAUGAAUUGGCCGAUGCUCUUGCCACCAUCGCUUCGAUGAUUAAACAUCUGGAUACAGAUUAUAUUGAUCCUUUGGAUAUAGAGUUGAAAGAACAUCCAGUCUAUUGUUCGCAUGUUGAGGUAGAACCAGACGGUUUGCCAUGGUAUUUCGAUAAAAAGAAGUAUUUGGAGUCCGGGAUUUAUCCUGAAGAUGUUGCGUCCAAUCAGAAGAAGUCGAUACGCCGUAUGGAUCUCAAUUUCUUUUUAAGUGGAGAAAUCCUAUAUAGCAGGACUCCAUACUUAGUCUUUUCAAAUGUGUUGAUGUCGUCUAAGCUGCGAAGCUUAUUGAACAGAUAA